GAGGUUCCGGUGCUCGCGGCGACGGCGGCGGCCCGCUGAGGGGACUGGCCUGGGCGGAAGAAGUCAAGCCCGAGGCAUUUCCGGUUCCGGUGUCAGGCCGAGGCCCCGCCGCCGCAGCCGCCGGAGCCGCGAUGCCUAAAGGAGGGAGAAAGGGAGGCCACAAGGGCCGGGCAAGGCAGUACACGAGUCCUGAGGAGAUCGAUGCACAGCUCCAGGCUGAAAAGCAGAAAGCCAGGGAAGAAGAGGAACAGGGAGAAGAAGGUGGAGAUGGGGCUUCAGGUGAUCCCAAAAAGGAGAAGAAAUCCCUAGACUCAGAUGAGAGUGAGGAUGAAGAGGAUGAUUACCAGCAAAAGCGCAAAGGUGUGGAAGGGCUCAUCGACAUCGAGAACCCCAACCGGGUGGCACAGACAGCCAAGAAGGUCACACAUCUGGACCUGGACGGGCCCAAGGAGCUUUCUCGGAGAGAACGAGAAGAAAUUGAGAAGCAGAAAGCAAAAGAGCGUUACAUGAAAAUGCACUUAGCUGGGAAGACAGAGCAAGCCAAGGCUGACCUUGCCCGGCUGGCCAUCAUCCGGAAACAGAGGGAGGAAGCCGCCAGGAAGAAAGAAGAAGAGAGAAAAGCAAAAGAUGAUGCAACUUUGUCAGGAAAACGAAUGCAGUCACUCUCCCUGAACAAGUAGCCCGGCCUGUGGGAGGAGAUUCCAGGGAGCAGGGCCAGGCUGCCAGGACCUCUGCCGUGUCUUGCCUACCCUGUGCCCUGGCACCGCUGCAGCAGCCCCCACGGCAAGGGGCCCCCCACAAACUGGGGCCUCCCUUUCAUUUUGGCACAGAAAUAGUUUGGGGGGGAUGGUGGGAGGGCUGGGGGGAGGGGCAGCCACUCUCUUUGAGACAGAAAGACGUGGGACAGCAUUUCAUAUGUAACCAUUCAGAUGUUUUUGCUGUUUUUAGAAUUCAGAACCCUUGUUGAGGGUACUUGUUAGGCGGGGUAAGAAGAGCUUGCAUUUGUCCAGUGGAUUGCGCAGCGGAGGUAGUUGUGCUCGGUGGCUGCGGCUGAAUAUUGCCUGGGUGCUUGCUUACAGGGCUGUCUGCAGGCUGGUAGCCUGGGGCCCUGGGGCCGUGAGGGUCAUGGCUUAUCCCUGGCCAAUCCCCCCCGAACAGAAGCCUCCCUCUGCACUCCCCACCCAAUUCCCAUCUGUCUGGCGAGGGCCCGGGCCCAUUCUUAGCCCCAACCAUUGAUCAUUGAAAGAAACCUCUGUUUACUGUGCAGCACCCAGGCAAAACAUGCUCCAAAAAUCCAACUUGUAUAUUUGGCAGAUUAAACUUGAUGUUAUCAUAA